AUGACUUUCCAGAACACAAAGGCCACGGCCAUGGAGAAGAAGAAGAACGCGGUCAACGCUUUCAAGAGCUGGGAUAACUUCAAGCAAUGGGUCCUUGUACCAGACACUGCACUGGAUCGCCAUUCGCAUGGAGAGACUGGACCGACAUGGUCGAAUGAGGACCUCGACCCCACCCCACCCGAGAAACGAACGUGGAGGUGUAAGUACUCCUUGGACAAUCCAAUCCACGGAUGUCUAAUCGAGAUGUAA